AUGAUCAAAAUAAACAAUAAUUCAAUAAUCAAUUGCCAAUACUUCAAAAUGACUUGGCCCGACGUCGCCGCGAAGCCCGCUGAGGGCAUCUCAUACUUCACCCCUGCCCAAAGCCCCCCAGCAGGCACCGCCCGCAACCCUCAGACAAAUGGCAAGCCAAUCCCCAAGCUUUUCAAGCCUCUGACCGUCCGCGGCGUGACAUUCCAGAACCGCCUGGGUCUCGCCCCCAUGUGUCAAUACUCCGCAGAGAACGGAAAAAUGACAGCCUGGCACAUGGCGCACUACGGUGCCAUCGCCCAGCGCGGACCCGGAAUUAUGAUUAUCGAAGCUACCGGCGUUGUCCCCGAGGGCCGCAUCACCCCCGGUUGCCUGGGUAUCUGGCAAGACGCCCAAAUCGCCCCGCUGAAGCAGGUCGUUGAGUUCGCCCACAGCCAGGGCCAGAAGAUCGGCAUCCAGCUGGCUCACGGUGGCCGCAAGGCUUCCACCGUUGCACCUUGGUUGGGUGGUGUGGUCGCCAAUAACAACUCUGGUGGCUGGACUGAUAAUGUCAAGGGUCCUAGCGCGAUUCCCUUUGCAGAGGGUGACCCCAUGCCCAAGGAGAUGACUGAGGAUGAUAUUGCCGAGCUCAAGGCCGCCUGGGUCGCUGCUACUAAGCGCGCUCUCGCUGCCGGUUGCGACUUCAUCGAAAUUCACAGCGCCCACGGCUACCUUCUCUCAUCGUUCCUGAGCCCUUCAUCUAACCAGCGUACCGACAAGUACGGUGGCAGCUUCGAGAACCGCAUUCGCCUCCCUCUUGAAAUCGCUCAGUUGACACGCGAGACUGUCGGCGAGGAGGUCCCCGUCUUCCUCCGCGUUAGCGCCAGCGACUGGGUUGAAAGCGAGAAGGGCUGGAAGCUCGAAGACACCGUCCAAUUCGCCGAAGCUCUCGCCGCACAGGGCUGCGUCGACCUGAUCGAUAUCAGCAGUGGUGGCGUACACUCCGCUCAGAAGAUCACUUCCGGAGCCGGAUUCCAGGUUCCUUUCGCCGCGGCUGUCAAGAAGGCUGUUGGUGAUAAGAUGUUGGUUUCUGCCGUUGGAAUGAUCAACAGUGGUACUAUGGCUGAGAAGAUUAUUGACGAGGAUGACAUUGAUGUCAUUCUUGUUGGUCGUUCUUUCCAGCGUGAUACCGGCCUUGCGUGGCAAUUCGCUAAGGAUUUGGAUGUUGAGAUCGCUAUGGCGGCUCAGAUCCGUUGGGGAUUCACCAACUUCCGGAAUGCCUCUGAGUACAUUCAGCCUAACUCUAUGAAGGCUUCCUUUUUUGAUUAG